GCCCCCCUUGUCCACUCGUGCUGCCUCUCCCGUUGUCUAGCAGUCUAAACCUUGCCUGUGUGGUCAUGGGUUGUACAAUGUCCUUCUUAUCCAGGCUGCCCAGAGCUGUGAAGGUUUUGUGAAGUGGAUGUCAGCUGGUGGAUUUAUGUUCCUGGAGGAAUAUUAGACACCCAAGGCAGGAGAAUCGGGGAGGAAGUCCCAUCCAGGAGGAUGCAUGCUGUAUACUGUGUGUCAGCGCUACUGCUCCAGUCCACCCUGCAGCUGGUACUUUGCGCUAAUAUAUCAGGCGUUGGAAAAAUUGGAAGUUUAAAAUCAGGAGGAUCCAUAUCCACACUCAAACAUAUAUGGACAGAAAGUAGCAAAGACUUGUCUAUAAGUCGACUCCUUUCACAGACUUUUCAUGGCAAAGAUAACCAAACCUCCUUGGAUAUGAGAUAUGACACUCCAGAACCGUACACAGAACAAGAGCUCUGGGAAUGGCUGAGGAACUCAACGGACCUGCAAGGACCUCGAUCCAGGUCCAAAAGAAGGCCCAUUGUGAAGACGGGCAAGUUCAAGAAAAUGUUUGGCUGGGGCGAUUUCCAUUCCAACAUCAAAACAGUGAAGCUUAAUUUGUUGAUAACAGGGAAAAUCGUAGAUCACGGCAACGGAACCUUCAGCGUUUACUUCCGACACAAUUCGACUGGUCAAGGGAAUGUAUCUGUCAGCUUGGUCCCACCAACCAAAAUAGUGGAAUUUGACCUGACUCAGCAAACAGUGAUAGACGCUAAAGAUUCCAAAUCCUUCAACUGUCGCAUCGAGUAUGAGAAGGUUGACAAGGCCACCAAGAACACUCUUUGCAACUAUGAUCCUUCAAAAACUUGCUAUCAGGAACAGACCCAAAGCCAUGUGUCCUGGUUAUGCUCCAAACCCUUCAAAGUGAUCUGUAUUUAUAUUUCAUUUUAUAGUACAGAUUAUAAACUAGUACAAAAGGUGUGUCCUGAUUAUAACUACCACAGUGACACGCCCUAUUUCCCUUCUGGUUGAUGAUAAUAUGUAUGCAAGACUUACCUCUAAGGAAUUAAUAAAAGUACCGGGCUGGAUCCUAAAACCAAGAAAGUCCCAUCAAUUGCCUGGAAUGUGUCUACUCUACAAAUGAUUUAACUCUAAAUAAAAUAAAAA